ACUUUGGGGACCUCCUUAGUUCUCAUUGGCUGUUGACCUGCAGAUCACAAUGCAGGCUGAGCCUGUCCUCAGAGCAAGUCCAUUGUCACCAUUUCAGCUGCACCACAUAGCGCCCCUGAUGCCUCAUCAUGGAGUGACCGCACCUGGAUUAUGAAUGUUACCCAGUGACGCGCCUCUCUGUCAGCAGCAUCUGGUCAUUGUACCAAUGACCACAUCCAACUAGCUAUGCAGCUGGGCAGUGUUGGGUCACUGGUGGCUAGGAUGGGGAGUAGGGGUGGAAGGGACUCUUUUCUGGGUGCUGUUGAGAGGAAGUACUCCACUCUCCUGUGGAGAAGUGGGACACCUUCAGAAUGGAGGGAACCCACAUUCUAAAGAUCCAGCUGACACUGGAGGAUGCAGAAUUUGACUGAAUUCCCCUUGAUUUUUGCAUGGCUACUUAGAAGACAACAUACAAAGAUUAGGAACUGAAGGACAUUUGGCAAGAGAGACCUGAAAAAUCUGCUUUGGGAUAUUUAAUGGUGAACUUUAGAGUCAACUCAGUAUCCUAAAUAUCCACCCUCCCAAGAAGAAGGGACAGAAAGAAAGACUUCUCUGUCAGAAAGCCUCGGGUGUCCCAUGAACGAGGCAGAGGAAAACCGGCUGGAGAACAGCAAGACUCCAGAGCCAGCUCUCAGGCUCAGGAAGGGGCGCCAGCCCGAUGGCGCGAGGAGUGGUGACAGUGACGUCCGCCACGGAGGGCGGGAGCCUCUUGUAGAGGCAUCUGUCCUUUCUUCCUAUCAUAAAAAAAGCGUGGAGGAGCGUGAAUGCGAUGAUGAUGAUGGAGCAUCUCAGGAAGACGAGGGGUUCAUGGGCAUGUCCCCCCUUCUGCAAGCCCACCAUGCCAUGGAGAGGAUGGAAGAGUUUGUUUGUAAGGUCUGGGAAGGUCGAUGGCGAGUGAUCCCUCACGACGUGCUGCCUGAGUGGCUCAAGGAUAACGACUUCCUCCUGCAUGGACACCGGCCCCCAAUGCCUUCUUUCCGGGCCUGUUUUAAGAGCAUUUUCAGAAUACACACCGAGACAGGCAACAUCUGGACACAUCUGCUGGGUUGUGUGUUCUUCUUGUGCCUGGGGAUCUUUUAUAUGUUUCGCCCCAACAUCUCCUUUGUGGCCCCCCUGCAGGAGAAGGUGGUCUUUGGAUUAUUCUUCCUGGGGGCCAUUCUCUGCCUUUCUUUCUCGUGGCUGUUCCACACAGUCUACUGCCACUCAGAAGGGGUCUCCCGGAUCUUCUCUAAACUGGAUUACUCUGGUAUUGCUCUUCUGAUUAUGGGAAGUUUUGUUCCUUGGCUUUAUUACUCCUUCUACUGUAACCCGCAACCUUGCUUCGUCUACUUGAUUGUUAUCUGUGUUCUGGGCAUCGCAGCCAUCAUCGUCUCCCAGUGGGACAUGUUCGCCACCCCCCAGUACCGGGGCGUGAGAGCAGGAGUGUUUCUGGGCCUCGGCCUGAGUGGGAUCAUCCCCGCCUUGCACUACGUCAUCUCGGAGGGCUUCCUAAAGGCCGCCACCAUCGGGCAGAUUGGCUGGCUGUUGCUCAUGGCCGGCCUGUACAUCACGGGGGCGGCCCUGUACGCCGCCCGCAUCCCUGAGCGCUUCUUCCCCGGCAAGUGUGACAUCUGGUUUCACUCUCAUCAGCUGUUUCACAUCUUCGUGGUGGCUGGCGCGUUCGUCCAUUUCCAUGGGGUCUCGAACCUCCAGGAGUUCCGUUUCAUGGUCGGCGGAGGCUGCAGCGAAGAGGACGCACUGUGACAGCGGCCAGAGGCCGGGGACGGUGACCCCCACUGGCCGUGACGCCAGCGCCAGAGCAGCCCCACAGCGCGGGGCUUCGUGAUGCCCCAGGGCUCCACGUGGUCCGCAACUGGGAAGAGAAAACAAAAAUAAAUCACACCUCACAGGUGGAGAAGAGGCGAGAUGGCCCAGCCCUGCCUCGUUCUUGGGUCUGGCCGACGGAGGGCACUCGAGCCCCGGGCACGCUGGCCUCCGUGCUUGUAGCCGGUGGGGCCGUCAGCUGGAGGCGCCUCCUCCUCCCUCCUCUCUUAGAAAUGGUGACACCGACCAGUGUUGGCGAACAUUUAUUAUGUCCUCAGAGGGGUGGCAGUGUGAUUUUAGAUGCCCUUUUGGGAGAACAAAGAAAUUAAUGUAAAUAAGAUUUCUAACUUACUGUUUAAAUAAAAAUUUAUAUAAAUGUUUAAACCACAGGGCUAGGGGAGGGAGGGAGGCUUUUGUAUAGAACGAAACACACGAGAGCCACACGCUGUUCCAAUUUUGCACAUGUGACCGCCGGAGGAUCAGGCAACAGCCCCAGAAUGUAUGAUGCCCGGCGCCCCGGGUGCCUUCUGCCUUCGGGGACACCUCAGGCCCCGGGGCGGCAGCGUCCUGCCCAACGACCCUGGAGAGCCCGAGGCGGGGGCGGCGUGUUUGUUGGGGGAAGUGGGGUGUGUGAGAUCGAGGCAGUAGUGACUGUGUCAGAGUUUGAGUGACUUGUUUCUGCCACCUACCCAGAAACGUCACCGAGGCUGGCGGGGAUUGGGGGAGCACCCACAGGGCUUCCUGCAUCCUUUUCAAUGCGGUGGAGACUCAGCUGGUUGCAGGGGUGGGGAUGGGUUGUUUGCAGUGGAGCUCUGGACCACUCUCUAUGAGUCCCUCCGGGAGAAUCACUGCCUUACCUCCCCCUCACCUUCCCCGCCCCCAGGAGUAGAGACCACCUUCCCUGGCACCACAGCUCCUGGCCUGAGGCUAGCCGCACAGGGGCCCAGGGCCCGCCAGCUGUGGUGGGAGUCUCCCUGUGGUGCUGUCCUGGCGCCUGGGGGCUGGGCACAUGAACACCAACCCGACCCCCCUUCACUCCCGCCACCCCGGUCAGGUCUCCAGGAACAGGGAAGCCAGCAGCACGCCUCUGAGGCCAGAGCCCGUUACCCACCAGUGCUGGGGUGACCGGCACCCCCAGAACCCAGUUUUCUAGGGGUGGUGUGGUAGGAAGGUUUAGAAGGAAGUGAUACAUUACUGCCAGGAAGUCUGGUUGGCUCCUUGAAGCUGUAUCUUUGAGGAGCUGCUCAAAUAAGGCUGCUUGAGCCCCAGAGGUGUCCUGUGGGGGUGUCAGAGUCCAGUGUAGAGGGUCUGGCUCCUAGGAGGCCUGCACCUGCCCGUGUAGCCCUGAGUCCAUUUUUUACUCUCAGCAAAGGCUUCAGGUGGUUGAAUCGCACCCAGGAUGGCAGGUGUCAAACGUGAACAAGGUCCCAAGCCGGGCUGGCCACCUCCCACCAGUGUUGGGAACAUGGGAAGGUCUCCCAUUUAUUCAGUGUGGGUUUUUUUCUUGGUUAGGUGUCUCCUUUUCCCCGUGUCUCCAGCAAAACCUGGGAACCGGGAAGCAAGCAUCCUUUGUAGAGCUCGGGAAUGUUCUGGUCCUGAGUGAGGGCACUGCCUCCGGUGCCAGGUGCACUGGUGCCAUGUGGACGGUGGCAGAACAGUAUUACCCCUCCGGGAACACGGCCCACAGUCCGUCAUCCCCCCGCCCCCCCCCCAGGAGAGUCUCCCUGGGCUUCAGGAUGUACCCCAGAAGCCAGCCUUGCGUCCGGUCACCUGCCUGGGGAAGCGGUGUGUUGUGUGUGGCCCCUGCGACACCGCCAGCAGUCCGGGGCCCAGCCGCCCCCCUCCACACUCCCCAAAGAGGAGCUGCACCUGGCUCAACAUAGCACAACCCCUUAGAAAGUGACGUGAUCACCAACCAGACAUCCCCCACCCCGUGACGGCCCCUCCCUGGGAAGCGGGCGGGCACCCACCUCCGUGUGUCCUCGAAGCCCCGGCCGCCUCACGCACGCCUCCGCCUGCUGGGAACCCCACAGGUCGGCGCCUGGAUGCCUUACUCUCAGCAGUCAGAGGCUCGCUUGCUCCGUGCAGCAGAUGUUCAUUUUCUCUUCGGGCCCGUGGCCAUUUCGGACCUCUGCAGCUUCAUCCUCUCACCCAUUGAAGAGUGGCCUUCUCAGUAUUUCCCCCUUCCCGUUUAUAAAUUGUCAAAGCCACAAAGCACAUUUUUGGGGAUCGUAGAGGGCUGGGAUUCCAGAAGGGCAUUUGUGCGAUGGCCCCAUUCACCAUGGGAUGUCCCUCCUUGCUGUAUUCUCAAACUUCUAAUAAAAAAAACCAAGUGGAAUAUGAA